GUGAGAAUGGGAGUCGCUUCGCGACGUUGUCACUUCGUGCAUCAUCGCGACACGAGCGAUACUGUUCUCCCUUUCUCUCUACCUAGAAUCAUCGCAUGCGCCGGCAACACCUACUUUGUAUGUUCUCACCUUGCAGGCAGAUAGAAUAAGAUAGUUGCGUUUGGAAUAUUGCUGCGUGUAGUCAUUCUUUGUGUUUUUUAAAAUGCCUCGACGAACAUCAUAUGUGUGGCAGUAUUAUCAAUUGUUAAGUGACGAAAAUAAUAAAAAACGCGUAGUUUGCAUUUAUUGCAAUACAGAAUACAAAAAUGCCUUAGCUACGAGACUAAAGUUGCACUUAUCAACUUGUUUAAAGUGCCCAGCAGAGGUGAAAAAUAAGUUUUACACCGAAAAAACAUCGAGCAAACUACCACUACCAAGACCAUCACUUUCGAGGACGGAUGAAUAUGUGCCUACAGUUGAGUCACCGUUACCAAGCACAACAUCAUCAUGUGAAAUAAAUGUUUCGACGUGUAUUUCUGUUAACAGGAAUGACUCGGAACCGUAUAAUAUACCGAAAUAUUCAUGCUGCAUUGGCCCGCACUGUAUACGCGUCAGGUGUUGCUUUAUCGAUAUUUGAAUCACACUUUUUU